AUGAUCAUCCAGGCCGGCGCCGUCAAGGUCUUAGCCAAAGAUGUGGUUUCUAUUGCUAAGACGGCUGGAGAUGCCAUCAUGUCUAUAUACGCCUUCCCGGACACUGUUAGCUGGGACGUUAAGGCAAAGUCCGACAACUCUCCCCUGACCGCUGCUGAUCUUGCUGCCAACAACCUGAUUUGUGCCUCGCUCAAGGAAAAGUAUCCUUCGAUUCCCAUCGUUUCCGAGGAAAACAAAAUGCUUCCGUAUGAAGAACGAAGCAAUUGGCCUUUCUACUGGUGCGUUGACCCCCUGGACGGAACGAAGGAGUUUCUAAAGCGGAACGGCCAAUUCACGGUAAACAUUGGGUUAUGCCAGGGGAAGUCCCCCAUAUUUGGGGUGGUACACGUGCCAGCUAUGGAACCGGCUAAGACGUACUAUGGCGCGAAAGGCCACGGCGCCUUUGUGGAGAUCGCGGAUGAGCCACCAAUUCCCAUCAAGGUGAAAGAAUUCAGUGAAAAGGAUCCAAACUUGGCCGUCGUUGCCUCUGCUUCACACAAUACCCCCGAAACGGAGAAUUUUAUAAGCAAGUACCAGAACCCGACUCUUAAGGCGCUAGGAUCUUCUUUAAAGCUUUUGAUGGUAGCCGAGGGAGAGGCGCACGUCUACCCCCGGUUGGCACCAACCUGUGAAUGGGACACCUGCGCCUCACACGCGGUGGUGGAGGCGGCAGGAGGAGAGGUUCUGCAAGCGGAAGGAGGCAAGGCAUGCCAGCCCGGACUGCCCGUGGAGUAUAACAAGCCGGACGCGUUGAAUCCGUUUUUCAUUGUGUACGGCAGACGCCGGGACUGA